AUGGGUUCUGCUCUUGUUUUCUAUACAGUUGCCUGUUUUUCAAAUGUUGCAUCAGUGGAUGCCUUAGUAACACAUUCAAUACAAUGUCCGCAAGAAUUGAAUGAAUCCAUUACAAAAGAUGUGUCUAUCCUGAACCUCAGUGGCCUCAGGCUUAGAAGAAGCUACUCUGACUGCCUGAGGCACUACAACCAACUACAGGUCCUACUUCUGAACACUUCCAACUUAGAUACUUUGGAUGAUACAACAUUUUCAAACAUAUCUAGUAUUAAAGAGCUAUAUCUACAAGACAACAGGUUAAUAGAGUUUCCAUCCAAACCAAUGGUUCCUCUCACUCAGCUCCAAGUCCUAGUUAUCAAUAACAAUUAUAUCAAGGAGAUUAAGUCAGAUGCUUUUCAGGACUUGAAGGAGCUCAGACAGCUUCACUUGGGGCCCCAGGUGCAGUUUCAAAGCUUUGAAUAUCAAGCCCUGCUCCCUUUGAAAAACGUUAAGGUACUGGUUCUCAGGGGCCUCAACCUCACAUUCGUACCUGUCAUUAAUCAAAUGCGGCUGCUUCAGGAUCUGGACUUAUCUGAUAAUAAGAUUGAUAGAGUAUUAUCACAGUACUUUUAUAAUCUCACCAAACUCCAGACACUGCAAUUGAUUACAUUUAUCAGCAAAUCAGCCUUCAGUUCUCAGAAGAACCUAAGGCUGUUGGAUUUAUCUGGGAAUGGUCUUGUCACCCUUUUCAAAGAAACACUCAGUCCCAUGAUUCAGUCAGCAGGCGGUGCUGUGGUCGUUCAAUUGGCUCAGAACCCAUUUCACUGCGAUGCCAGCAUGUGCCCGAUGAAGAGGUGGUUGGAUACUAUAAAGUUGCCCGUACAGCUGGACAUGAUGUGUAACAGCCCUGAGAGCCUCAGAGGACACUGGAUGACUCAACUACCACUCACAAAUUUUAAUUGUGUAAAAGAGCCUAUUUUCACACUUCUACCCAAAGCUUCACACAUCAACAAAACUGCUAUAGCACACUCAUUUCUUGGGAAAGGAAUCACUGGCAUCAUAAUAGUUGCUGCAGCUGCAACUUCCCUUCUCCUCAUCUCCAUAUCAUACUUGGCAUCAGCAAAAUUAAUUCAUUGGUCAUUUCUCAGGAAACACUGUACUCGUCACAGUGCAGAAUCCACUCAGCAAGGGAAAGAGGAGGCUGCCACAAACAGCAUUCGUCCAUACGGCACAACUCUAAUCUACCAUCACAAAAAUAAGACGCAUGAUCCCAGUCCUUAGUAGAUUUUCACUCUUGUUCAUACACCUUCAUCCAAUAGAAUGAAUGAAGAUUUGGAAAAGGAAAAGCUUUCUUUACAUACCCCUAUUGGCAAAAACAUCCAGUUGCUUUUUUCCAGUGCAAAGAAUGAAGAAGUAUGUACCCUUUUCACCUACCAACAGAUCGACCAAUUAACCAGAAAGUCCUUCCCAUUGACUUCUUCUGGUCCAAAACUUAAAGGAACAAUUUAAA